AUUCUCCUUUGGAAUAUUACUAAAAUCAAUACCUCUUGUAUUUCUAAGACCACAGAAAAGAAUAUGCUAAUACGAUUAUACAUAUGGUAUUAACUUUUGGGCAACUAUAAAAUAAACGUGAAUCAUUGUCUUUCGUGCCGUCUUCCAGGCACCACUAAAGUACUAAAAAAAGGAAAUUAAAAUAUAAUAAUUCUUUUGCGUUUAUUGAAAUAUGGAAUGAUGACUGAAUGUGCCUAUAAAAAGUAUGACACAUUCAGGACGCCCAAUCCCCGUUUAUGACUUUUGUGGUACAUUAUAUAAAGGCUGAGGACACUGUUUUUCCAGUCAGUCACUCGUUCAUUUUUCUCUUACUUAAUAAUUGCUUUUAUCUAAUUAAACCUUUAAGAUUAUUUCCUACGUAUUUUGGCAUAUUCUUUAUACUGUGAGUCUAUAAUUUUAACUUUUAACACUAAACUUAAAAUAUACAUUUGUGAAAAUAACUAACAUUUUUCUACAAUAAUAAAUACGCUUCUGUUAACCAAGUGCUAUUCUCGUUUAUUAACACACCUACUAGAAUCUUGGGUAUAUUCUUAGUAAUCAUAAAUCUACACUCAAGAUUCAUUCAUCAUUAGAGAAUAUCAGAUUUUGGGAUGUACAUAAAUGACUUAAUUUAACAGAUUUUGUUUUGUAGUUAAAAAUGUUUAUUUUGAAAUGUUGACAUUAGAAAAUUGCAUUGAAUGUGUUUGAUUUGUUUUGCUGGUCAUGCUACAAAUUUUAAGAAAUUUCAUGUUAUGGAGAGUUGUGUUAGUGUGCUACAAAAAUUACACGUGCAUGAGCCUACGAGUGCAUUCAAUAAUUAAUUAUGUGGUUACUAUGAUAUGUAAAGUUUUGACGGAAAGGCUAACAAAAAAAUUGUGUCAAAUAAUAUACACUCAAAUUUGGGUACAGAAUAUAACAGCAAUUAUGACAAUCAUAAGAUCAGCUUUUCAAACGUCAAUUUUUUUUGAUCUAUUGGGAAAGUUCGAUGCAUUCGAUAAGAUAUAUUUAAAAGUACAUUUAGCUCCUAAUAAACGAAUCCAAGUGUUUUAUGUAUGUUACAUUGUUUUUUUUGGAACUUGUCACUUGAUUUACCUUAUAAAAGUACUUCCUAUAUCUAUGGUGAUAAUUGUUAGAGUUAUUGUUUGUUGUCUGACGAUUUUAUCCGUAGUACAUUACGCUGUGUUUGUGAGAACAUUACGUAAACGAUAUGAAAUAGCCAAUGCUUUUUUUAAGAAAUAUUUAUUUAAUGCUAAUAUAAAUGCAGAGGAAAUACAUCCAGUUGGCGCUGAACAAUUAUUCAAAGAACUUCGAAAUUUGACUAAUCAUGUUAAAUCAUAUGGUGCUAUUAAUGCACUCAUGUUUAUUGUUGAAUCCACGACUAUUUUUGUUUCUUGCAUGUCCAUAAUAACAAUUCAUAACAUUAAAAAAAAUAUAUAUAUGUACUUAUUUUAUUCAAUACAUUCAAUUGGUCGUCUUAUAUUUUUCAUAAUUUUUACAAGAGAAAUCCACAACACAAUAGAAGAAUCAAAAUUAACAGUUCGAAUUGCACAUGAAGCACAUUCAAAAUCAAUUAAUCCAGUCAAAUCUAAACAAUUUGAUGCGUUUAUUCUUAAUUAUUGGAAUAAUCGAAUAACGUUUGACGUGUAUGAUUUAUUUGACAUAGAUUAUAAACUUGUACAAUCUAUCCUUACAGCAGUAGCUGCUUAUGCGGCUAUUUUUAUACAGAUUCAACUAACACUAGAAAACAAAGAACGGUACAGCAAUAAUUCAACUGAAAAAGAGCUUAUCAAUAGAUAAUAUUAAUUUUCAUAAGUUAAUUUUUGAAGUAUUAUUUAAAGAGUUUUUUAUUAAAACAUUUCAAUUAAAAUAAAAUGUAUUGCACUCUUACAAUUAACAUUUUUAAUAUUUUUGUAUAUAUA